UAAUUUCAUUAUUACUCAAAGUAUUAUUAACUUCAUUAAUUGUUUAAUCAACGAAAAUAGAAAAGUAUCGAAAUGUACAACCAACGACUAACUACAUUGAUUUUAAUUACAAUCUUCAUAAUUUCAGUUAAUUGUUUCGUUAUUGAUCAUCCAGCGCAAAGCAAGAAAGCGAAAGUCGGUGAUGAAUUCAAGCCGAUUUCAGUGACUGAUCCAAUGGUUCUAGAUGAUAUUCAAUUCGUAAUCGAUCAAAUUAACUCAGCUUCGUCGUCUAAAUAUUUGGUUAAACCAGUUAAAGUUCGAGAGGCUUAUAUAUUGAUGAAAGAAUAUGUGAGAUUAACUUUCGAUUUGGCCACAACAACUUGUCUCAAGGACUCGAAAGCCGCGUUGGACAAAUGUGCAAUUGAUCAAAAACAGCCAAUAAAAACUUGCAAUGAGUUAAUUGUUGACAAUACACCUUGGAGAGAAGUCAAGAAAAAGAUCACCAAUUUUGGUAACUGUGCACUUUAACUGUCAACAACAAUUGAUAAUUAUGAAAAUUAACUGUGCAAAAAUCAACAUAUUUGCAAAUUGAAAUAUUAAUAAAAAAUAAAUUUUCUGCAAUAAUA